UUUCAGCCGUCAAUCUGAUUCCGCAAAGUCUCACACACCCUGCUGUAGGCUGUAGCUCCCCCAAAUCUCAUCCACCGGCCCUAAUGGCGCUCCCAGAUGAACUCCUGGAGGAGAUCUUCCUCCGCCUCGCCGCGGCCGCCGACCUCACGCGAGCCUCAGCGGCGUGCGUCUCCUUCCGCCGCGUCAUCACCGGUCACCCCUUCCUCCGCCGGUUCCGCACCCUCCACGCGCCGCCCCUCCUGGGCAUCCUCUGCGGCGGCCUCAUCCCCGCCCAGCCGCCCCACCCUUCCGCCGCAGCGGCAGCCGCCUUUGCCGACGCCGACUUGUCGUGCUCCUUUCUUCCCCCAUCCCGCGACGGCCGCGCCUGGCGCCACCGCGACGGCCGCGACGGCCGCGCCCUUUUCUCCCCCGCCCUCGAGGGGAUCGGCGGCGACUACAACCCCAGCCACCUGGCCACGGAGUUCGCCGUAUGCGACCCCCUGCACCGUCGCUACCUCCUGCUGCCGGCCCUCCCGGACCUUCUGGUCGGUCAAGUCCAUAGGCCGGACAUCGUGGAGUGCGAGCCCUUCCUCGCUCCUCCUGGCCCUGACGACGUUGGGGCUGACUGGUCGUCAUUCAGAGUCAUGUACUUGGUGCGGUGCACAACCAAGCUCGUCCUCUUCGUCUUCUCUACCUGCGCCGGACAAUGGCUCGCUAAUCCUGUUACAGUUGACGUGUUUCGAUGCGGGGCGGCGAUGCACCGCUUCUAUGCCCAUGGAUGCUUCUGUUGGGAGGUUUUUCGGUCUGACAAGUUGCUCGUGCUCGAUGCGCGCAGGAUAGAGUUCUCCACUAUUGACCUCCCGACUCCACCUGGCCCUGAUGUGCGAAAGAUGGCCAUUGUAGAGGCAGGAGGAGGAAGGCUUGGGAUGCUUACUAUCUCUAAGCAUCCUGAACCUGGUGCAGAUCCUGGUGCAGAUCAUCUCCUGUAUGCCGUACAGUCUAAGGAUGCGAAUGCCACAAACCAGUGGCAGUCCAAACUUUCCAGCUUGAGUGGUUUUGUCAGACUGGUGAUAAAGUCAUCUUUGGUGACCUGUAUGCCGAUCUCCCACCGUCCUUGUCCCCACCAACUCUUUGAACUGGACCUCUCCAGAGAAUACGCUGAUGGCAAGGACUCGCAAGCGUGACUAAUGGCAUGUCAAGGAGAAUAAAUGUAAGAACUUCUGAAAGAGUGGAAGUGGUUUGCACUCGACAAUAACUUGCAGCUAAGAAGAACAAGGCACCAAGCAGUUGAUGACCGGCGCAUCCACCCCUUUUUCUUGUUAAAAUUCUCAUGUCGUUUCUGCUUUUUGUUACAAUGCUUUUAUGCCUGGCAAGAGACUAGACUAGCUUAUUAUGUAUCCACGGCCUGAUUUGCUCCCCCUACGGUCCAGCUUUAGUAGCCGCUUUGUUUGAACUGAGUAGUGGUAAGUAAGCUUUGCGGCUUCAGCAACCCUGGAAAUAGAUUGCUUUUGGUGGUGUAUGAUUCUAGUAUCAGUAUGUAUGUAUGGCAUACCCAAACUCACCUGUGUUUAACUUCUGCUGAUGCUCAUCUUCCUAGAAACACAUGGGGGUGGCAAUUUUCCUAUAAACACAUGAUGCUCAUCUUCCUAGAAACACAUGACAUACAGUUUACGCUGCGAGGGGGUGGCAAUUUCUUUAGAAACACAUGGCAACUUCUUCCUAGAGAAUGCAUCUACAUCUACACUACUAUUGAACAACCAAACAAGAACUUUCUUAUGUGCACCCCGCAAUUAGUCUCACGACACCGCACGAACCAAUCAG